GAUUUCAAAAUAAUAUAUUAUUCAGGCUACACCACCGUCCUUCUUGAUUCUGAAGCAAAUUCUAUAACUGUAUCUCCCCUCUAAAAACACACUUCUGUGACAGAGGACGAUAUCAUCACGUACGCAAUUGUUACUAGUGUCUGUAGAUCAUAGUUUGCAGAAACAAGUGGUGUUGAUAAGUGUUUCUUUAGUUGUAUCCAUAACAAUAACUAGAAAGUGCUACAAGUUUUAUUUAAAGAUUUUUAAAAGACUUCUUAAGCUUUCUCUUGUGAAGGAUAGUGGGAGUUAUUUUACUUGGCAUCGUAUUUUAAUCCUGUCCUGCAAAUAUUGUCUAAAUAAAUUGGAUUUAUGCUCCAUUGGGAAAGGAUAGAAUCUUUUCGUUUAUGAAUCUAGGAAUAAAGUAACUUUUCUUAUUUUCCCGAAACACGUUAUAACAAAAUAUACGUAUUUUUAUUGGUCAGCAUUUAUUAUAUAUAUUGUUCCUAUACAAACAAGAAAGGUACAUAAUGAAAGAAAUAGAUCUUGAAUGAUCCUUUUGUUAAGGAUAGUGGGAAUUGAUUUUACAGAAAAUGUAUAACAAAAUAUGCGUUUUUUUAUUGGUCAGAAUUUAUUAUAAAUAUAGUUCAUAUACAAACAAUAAACGGGAGAAUUUGAUGCUUUAUCGGCGUGUAACUGUAUGUCACUGUGCUGUUCCAUGUUAGGACAACGGCCAAUAGUCGGACGAUGAAUUGAUCAGUCAAAUUUGACUGGUCACUCUGGAGGUUGGGUAGGGUGUCCAGGCCCAAAGAAUACAUGAUGAAAACAUUUACAGUUCACCCGAUGAUUACAAAAGUUUACUUUGUUUAUAUCAAAGAGCAACAUUAACAAAAUCAAUCACCAAAAAAAACAUGUUUGAGUUGAAGUGUGGUGUGCUAAAUAGGUUAGUUGGACUACAUCCCUCAACAAGUCAAAAAAACAACAUAUUUUUUCCAUCUGUUGUUGCUGAAAUAUUAGAGCUUUAGAUACCUUUAGCUGUACAAGGCAGAUCUUAUAUCAAAUUAGAAAACUCCAAUUUUCUCUCACAGAGUCCUAUAAUUUCGUUCAAUUUUUCAGCAAUGUCAAACGUUUGUCUCCAGUUAGUCACUGUCAAAAAAUGGGCUUUUAGUCAUUACACUGGAUUUAAUUUUGGAUAGGAUAAUACAUUACAACCUUUUUAAAUGACAAUAUGUUUUGUAAUACUUAUAAACCAUCCGUGCAGGUAACUGCAAUUAUGAAGAUAAAAUUUAAAAUGAUGUAUUAUUUGUACAAAAAGAUCUUUUAAAAUUGUACCAGCUGCACAACAACGUGAAAAAACCGAUUUUUUAUAUAAAACAUUUGCCACCCACUUGAGUGCUCGAUAAAUAUUCUUAAAAAAGAAAAUUAAUUGAAAAUCGCUGAUACCAACAUACGCCUGAGGAGUUGGAGGCACUAGUCAUAGAACAACUUUCAAUGUUUCGUUUGUAAAAUAAACAAACACACUUUCUUCAAUUAUAUAAUUAUUUAAAUAGUUUCAAGUUUCAUUUCAAAAGAUAUUAUCAUUGAGUCUACGUGACGUUUCAGCCUUACAAUGUUCAAAUUGAAAACGUUUCUUUUGGUGAUUUGCCUAAUUCACUACAGUCAAGAAAUAUUUUUUCGAAUCAGAUUUAGACGACGCACAUCGCCAACUGUUUGUCGAGACAGAAGCGUAAAUUGUAAAUAUCACAUCCAAAAUUGUCAAACCAACAGUGAUGUACGUUACUAUUGUCAAAAGUCAUGUGGAUUAUGUGGAACAACUACAAGACAACCAACAAUUACAAAACCAGCAUGUGUUGAUCCACCACAAUGCGACUAUUAUACUAAAGGCGUAAAAGAACUUGUGUGCGCAGCUCCAUUGAUACAGAUACAAUGCCGUGCUUUAUGUGACAAUUGCGGUAAAUGGACAACGCCAACGAAAACGACAACAAAACCAACAACAAAACCAACAACAAAACCAACAACAACAACAACAAAAACAACAACAAAAGCAGCAACAACAACAAGUAAAGCAACUACUAGAAAAAUUACUACAACGACGAAAGCAUUGUGUGGGAUAUCCUCGAUAAGAAGUGCUCGGAUUAUCAAUGGAAACAUUUCCAAACCAGGAGAAUGGCCUUGGCAAGCAGCUUUACUAAGAGACGAUGUUUUUAUCUGCGGUGGAGUGCUCAUAUCACCGACGUGGGUACUAACGGCCGCACAAUGCAUUGAUCGCAUAUCAGUGUCUUCCAUUAAAGUAGUACUAGGAGAACAUCAUCGCGAAGUACCCUCUGGAAAUGAGCAAAUAAUUUCUGCUGCACAUUUUGAAACGCAUGGAAAAUAUAACCAACCAACAAAUUUAAACAACGACAUUGCAUUGAUAAGAUUGUCAAAACCUGCACGUUUAAAUAAAUACGUAAAACCUAUAUGUUUGCCACAGCAAGGAACGAAACCUGGAAAAGCAGGGAGGUGUUAUUUAUCUGGCUGGGGAAAAUCUACUCAACCGGGAAAUCAUGUCAGAGAAUUGCAUCAUGGAAAAUUGUCCAUCGUAGAGUAUGGUAAAUGCAAAAAAUCCAACUCUAAGUACGUUCCAAUAACUCCUCAAAUGUUAUGUGCAACUGGUGAAAACAUGGCUUCUGGUUGCUUCGGAGAUAAUGGUGGACCGUUUGUUUGUCAGGCUGCGGAUGGACGUUGGACACUGCACGGAGUAUUUAGUUGGGGAUCUCCACGGUGUUCGGCUUCCGAUGCUUACUCAGUCUUUGCGCGAGUGUCAGCAUUUCGUCAAUGGAUUGACAGAUUUGUGUAAUUAUUGAUUUAUAUCAAUCUUAUUAUUGUCAAUAAAUCUUUUUGUUUCAA